GUUUUUUGAUUACAUGGGUAAAAAAAACACAAAAAUCAUGGGUAAGAAGAAAGAUAAAGAAAGCAGUGAGCAGUCCCACUCUAUGAGUAUGGAUUCACAGAGUCAUGUCCACGACCCAGCUAUACCUACAAUUAAGAAGCCGAAGAAACAUAAACAUAAAAAGUCGUCUAAGAAAGAAGAGGUAGAAAGAAUUAUAAAUGUAGAAGAAAUCGAGGAUAUGGAUAUUACUGUUGAUGACAUUGAUGACUCUCCAUCCCAAAGCCUUAAGUUGAAAAUUAAGUUUCAAGACUCCUCCCCUGAGAAACCAACUACUCCUAAAUCUACAAAGGUAAAAUCAGAGAAGAGUAAAACUUCUGGGAGCAAAAAGAGUGGCAAAAAAAAAGAUGGCAAAGGGGAAGAUGACACUGACAGUGAAGAGGAACGCUGGCUAGAUGCUAUUGAGUCUGGAAAAUUAGAAGAGGUUGAUGAUGAAUUGAAGAGAAUGAAGAACCCUAGACUGAUGACGGCUCGACAGAGAGCAAUGUUGGAAAAAGAGAAGAAAACUGAUGGAACAGAUGAUACUUUUCCAGUAAUACCGGCAGAACCUCUCCUCUCUCUUCCUUCAGGUUUUAAGGAGAAAGUUGUCACAAAGGAAAUGCUAGCCAAAAAAGCCAUGAAGACACAAAAGAGAAGAGAGCAAGCCCAAGAGAAGAGAGAGGAAGACAAGAAAAAAACGGUUGAUCGUCUACUUAAGAAACAAGAUUCCAAAGUUGGAAAGAUUAGUCGGCUUAAAUUCUCCAAAAAAGAGAUUCCCAUGUAUUCUUACAUUAAUAAUCAAGAAAUGGUGUCGCUUUCUGUUCCAGUUGCUUUUCCUUUUCCCAUGGAGGCCCAGAGUGAAAGGAAAAAGCAAGGAGUAAAGUUAUGUGGUGUCUUAGGAUGCUCCAACCAGAAGAAGUAUUCAUGUUCCAAGACUGGUGUACCACUCUGCAGCCUCCAGUGUUAUAAAGUUAAUAUUUCUAUGAACAAACCUUUUAUUACAGCAUGAAUAAUUACUUCUUUUGUUCUCCCUACUCUGAAAAUUGAAUGUAAUAAUGGAA